GAGGGCCGAAGGUGAGAUGAGGUGAGAUAAGAUGUGAGAACUAUAUAUGUUGGUGUUGGCUCUUAUGCUUUGAGCUUUCGAUUACACUCAUCAUACAAUUACAUUUCAUAUCCAAGUGCAAUUUUAAUCGGCCACCAUUGCAAUUGCCACACAGUACAACUCGGACUCAAACUCAAACAUCAAUAACACUAUCAUCCAAACAAACAACCAACUCAAACUACCUCCUUCUCUAAACCCAAUCAAAAUGCUCUUCACAGCCAUUUUCCCCCUCACUCUCCUCACAGCCGUCCUUGCUUCUCCAGUGCCCGUCCCUGCCUCUGUCUCUCCAAUCUCUACCUGCUCCAUCCUCUCCACCAAACUAGAUUACUACCAAGGUUACCAAUCUCCAUCCCAAUGCGGCAUCAAUGUUUUCUCAGGAAACAUCACCGCCGGCGCUUGCGUCAAUAUCCUUACUCAAGGCAUCAUGCUUUUUCCGGCUGAUAAAGCUUGCACCUAUAGUAUCUGGAAAGGAGUCACCGAUUGUAGCGGUGACAUUACUCAGACUUUUGACUUGGGAGUCGCGCAGCAGGGUGUACAGAGUGUGGGAACUUGUGUUGGAACGGGUGUUAUGGAUGGAGGAAGAUUUUAUCAUGCUAGUGGGUUUUUGAGUUGUGGAUGCAACUAGACACCUCUAUCUAGACAUUCGUAGGAUUUGGAAGGCUGGACCGUAACGAUGGGAGACAUGAUGGGAUUUUAUGAGUCAUGAACGAAGAAACGAAUUCGGAUGCAAGGAUUGAUGGGAGUUUUUAAUGCUGGUAAUGAUUGAUGGGCAGAUUUCUCGAUAUCUCCUUACGCUUCCCUGGGAUGGGUCGAUGGAGUUACAACUAUAGACAAAAGCGGAUGCUAUGAAUGGAGCUUCUUUGCUUGCUUUUAGUACACACAAUCAUCUCGUAUACCAAAUUUCCGCUGUUAUUUAUUCUUGUAUUUGGAAUAUUUUGAAGUCAAAUCAAGUUGAGUUUGCACACUGUCGCAUCUUUUCCUUGUGGCUUUCAUGAGUUCUCUCGAUUCUGUCACUUGUGCGGUUCUACAAAGUAAAGAUUCGGUUUAUAAUUAGUCUGCCUCCACGGCAGUGGCUCCCGGAGGGCCAGCGGAGCGUCAUGGCACGUGAAGUUAAGAAUAGCUUCAUUAAUUUUAUUCUCUAUAGGAAUUUGGCAUGUUGA